UUCUGCUUUACCCAACAAAGGAAAGAAAUACCUCCAACGAAUAGCCCGUGUAGGAGCUUGCGAAUUUCAGAAAAGAAUUCAGAGAAAGGGCUUGUGCGUAGCCGUCUGUUGAAUAAAGAAAUAAUUAAAUAUGUAGUUUCUGGUGCAAGAAUUGACCAGCGAAGCCGCAAUUGUUUGGAACCCAGAAAGAAACAAUUUUUUCCUUCUUUUGUUGGGUACCAAAUUACGGAUUUUUGGGUUGUUAAGCUCUCGCUUUUAUGGUGUAUAUUGAUCGGUGCAUUUCGUCGUUUCUGGUUGAGUUUGUUAGCUGAAAUUGUUUGCCUACACUUUAAGCAAAAAACCCGCCAGUCAUUUGUCUAGAAAGGAUACGAUUUCUAAGCUUUACUUUCCUUUGCGUAGUAUGAUUGGCUUCAUCUUUUUGAGCGGAAAUCUCGAGGAUCACUUGAAGAAGGGGAAUUUGAGUUGAGCUUGAAAAUGGGUCCGAUGAAAAGUUUAGAUUUUUCGAGCAUUUUGUUUCGGUUUCUAACUGGGUUGUGGUUCAUUUUCGCGGUGAUAUGGCCUGUUAAUGGUUUAAGACCCUUGAGGCAGAGACCUCGGUCUUGGGGUGAUGAGUGGCUUCCUUUAGGGAAGGAAGAGCAUGAAUUGGGUCCAUUUUCUUCUUGGAAUAUAACAGGGACAUAUAGAGGGAAUUGGAAGUUUCUGGAGUUGGCAAAUAGCUCUUCCAAGUUUCCUGAUUUUAGGAAUUCCAAUGGAAAUUCCAUACUAGAGUUGAUCAGCACACCAACAAAAAUAACUGGUGUACACUAUGUUCAGGGGAUUAUAAUUUUCCAUGAUGUGUUCGACAAUGAGCAUGAUGUUCGUGGUGCUCAAAUCAGGGUAGAGGGUGUGUAUAUAUGGCCUUUCAGACAACUAAGGAUGGUAGCUAACAGUGGAAAAGAGGGUGAGUUUGGGCAGGAAGAUGAUUACUUGUUAUCUAAUCCAUAUCACUUGCUUGGAGUUUUCUCAUCCCAGGUGUUUCUGGAGUCUCCCCGAGAAAAAAUCUGGAAGCGGAAACAUUCUCCCAUUUAUGAAAUGGAGAAACAUUGCAAUAUUGAAAUUGCUGCUCAAAUUUCUCGCGCUUCCUCCGGAAAAAAUGAUGGAGAUCAAGAUAAGUAUUAUCUAGAAGGACUGAUGGAAAGCCCUUCAGUGGAUGAUGAUGUAGAUUGCUUCUCACCCAUGUUUUUAAAUGCGACUUCAGUCAACACUGAGGUCUACUACAAUAAAGCAGUUAACUACACUUUGAUGGUCACCUUUAUCUCUUUCCUCCAAGUUCUAUUGUUAAUCCGGCAAAUGGAACACAGUAAUACGCAGUCGGGGGCUGCCAAAGUUUCACUUCUGAUGAUUGGGCAUCAGGCUAUAAUGGAUGCUUACUUUUGUCUCUUACAUCUUACCGCUGGAAUUCUAGUUGAAUCCCUUUUUAAUGCCUUUGCAACUGCUGCAUUUUUCAAGUUUGUGGUCUUCUCGAUAUUUGAAAUGCGGUACCUUCUUGCAAUAUGGAAGGCAAAUAGGCCUUCUAUGAAUAAUGGAGAGAAUUGGGAAGCUAUGAGGCGCGAGCUUUCAGCUCUUUACAGUCGUUUCUAUGGGAUCCUUUUAGGUGGCAUUCUCGUCAUGUAUGAGUUUCAUAAGUUCUUGCGCUAUAUUAUCCUCCUCCUCUACUCUUUCUGGAUUCCACAAAUAGUCACUAACGUGGUUCGUGACUCGAGGAAACCGUUGCAUCCUCAUUAUAUUCUUGGGAUGACAAUCACUCGCAUUGCUAUUCCAUUAUAUGCAUUUGGUUGUCCGCAUAAUUUCAUGCGAAUAGAGCCUGACAGGGGUUGGUGCAUUUGUUUGGCGCUUUUCACGGGGCUCCAAGCAUGUAUUCUUCUUCUGCAGCACUACUUUGGAGCUCGGUGGUUCAUUCCUCGUCAGAUUUUACCAGAGAAAUAUAGCUACUACCGGAGAUUCCAUCAGGGUUCAAAUCAUGCCAUAGAUUGUGUUAUUUGCAUGACUACCAUUGAGCUCGGUCAACGUUCAAAUGAUUGCAUGGUGACGCCAUGCGAUCAUUUCUUUCACUCUGGAUGUCUGCAAAGAUGGAUGGACAUAAAAAUGGAGUGCCCGACAUGCCGCCGUCCGCUCCCACCUUCCUAGAGGCUGUAUAUUUUGUUCUUAAACUAAGUUGAGACUGCUUAAUAGUUAACUCGGUUGGAGAAAAUGGAGAAAAGGCAUGGCUAAUGUUGAUCGCAGAAGAGGAUCACGGUCUAAGACGAGCAGCCCCACACGGUUUGCAUGUAUACAGUAAUGUAACGGAAAGGCAACAAAAGAUUUACAGUUAAACUUUCUUCUCCAGACGUCUCGUUUUUCCUUUUAAGGUAUAGGUUUAAAUGACAGAUGCAGCGCAUCUUUGUCCCAGGACGCUAAGAGCAGCUUAUGUUUGGCUGCCACUGAAGCAAGGUACAUAUUUGGUCACAAACUCCUCUUCUGUGUGUAUAUACCGUCUUCAAAUAAGUGGAUCUAUGUUAUGUAUAAUUGCUUUUCCUAUUGUAGAAUUUUGCCUAUAUAUGUCUCUCUCUAUAUAUAUAUAUUUGCUUUA